AUGCCUCUCGCUAAUGAACUCCUUUAUCCCUUUCCAGAAGAGGAGAUGAGGAAACACAAUAAGUCCCUGGUGCAGAGGCCCAAUUACUUCAUGGAUGUGAAAUACCCAGGAUACUUUAAAAUCACCUCUGUCUUUAGCUAUACACAAACAGUAGUUUUGUGUGUUGGUUGCUCCACUGGUCUCUGUCAGCCUACAAGAGGAAAAGCAAGGCUUACAGAAGGAUGCUCCUUCAGAAGGAAGCAGCAAUAA